CCGGCGGCGGCAGAGGAGGAGGAGGCCCCGGGCGUCUUGGAGUCGGCGGCGGAGGCUUUGGAGGCCGAGGCGGCGGAUCCGGCCCCAUGAGGAGCCGCCAGAACCUGAGCCGCGCUAGAGGCAGACCGACGCCGUACAGCAGGGUAUGAGAAAGUUAGAGGAAAUGAGCUGAAAAAGGAAAAAAAUACCCUCGGCAGACCUGAAAAUGCCCGGGUAACAUCCUUCUGUUCCCCCUCUAGUCAAGUGAAUAAAAUGAUUGCUAACCGCCGAGUUUGCCCUCGGAGGAAAGCUCUAUAAUUUGCGGUUAAGCAUUAAUGGAAGUUGUAUGCAUAGUGUCUCCCUUCUCCCACAACCUGUAUAUGUUACUCCAUUUUUUUCCAAGAAGAGGCCCUUUGGAAACGGCUACAUUAGCUAACUAGCUAAAGUUGGAUCGCCAUUUUGAAUCCAAGCAGCUUAAAUUAGAGCUAGUCGUCCACGGGUCAAUAAUGGUGCUUUUCCAACCCAAAGUGUCAAAAAUGAUGAGAGGAAGCCACUUCAUCGAGAAAACCACCCUCAAAUGAUUUUUUUCCUGUCCCUGCGGGAGCAAAACUUAGUUUUUGUCCUGGUGCAGCGGCCUUUUGUUCGGGAGUGGCCGGCGGGCUCCAUAACAAGGCCACAUUUUGGUGGCGUUUCGUCAGUGUGGCUGGAUCAGUGGACUUCACCCCCUGAUAGUGUUCCUAUAAGGCAAAUCUUCACUCUUUUUUAAGUGUGAAUGUGUAUCUAUACAAAGCCCCAGUGAAAAUGGCGUGGCCUCAAAAUGGACGCUCAAAUAAUCCACGCUCGCAUAGAUGGGAUAGCUGGCCUGUUUUUUUUUCUCUAGUUUUUCCGAUCCACUCCCCCUCCUCUUAUGGACACUUCCCCAUCGUGAAAAGCCCCCUUUUCAUGGCUUUGUAAAGAACUCUUGGGCGGGCCAGGGAACGUGGUGCAACGCUGGAGGCAACACUGCUUCAGAUGGCGACCCGAGGAUCAGUUCUGGAGAGCCUAUGGUGGAGGCGCAGAUGCCUAAACAGCUUCCAGAUAAGUGGCAGCAUGACAUGUUCGACAACGGCUUCAGUGGCUUCAAUGGUGCUGCUGGGGGUGGCGGAGGAGCCGGCGUGGAAACUGGAGGGAAGCUCCUUGUCUCCAAUCUCGACUUUGGGGUCUCAGAUGCAGACAUUCAGGAACUCUUUGCUGAAUUCGGGACACUGAAGAAGGCUGCAGUUCAUUAUGACCGAUCCGGAAGAAGCUUGGGAACCGCAGAUGUCCACUUUGAAAGGAGGGCAGAUGCUCUCAAGGCCAUGAAACAGUAUAAUGGCAUCCCUCUUGAUGGGCGGCCUAUGAACAUACAACUCGUCACAUCACAGAUUGACACACAGAGGCGACCUAUGCAGGGUCUGAACAGAGGUGGUGGAGGCAUGAACAGAAAUCGUGGAGGUGGUGGUUUCGGCGGUAUGCAGAGAGGCCGUGGCGGACGUGGUGCAGGCGGUGCCAGGGGAAGAGGUCGAGGUGGCCGCGGGGGUAACACCAAGCAGCAGAUGUCGGCAGAGGAACUUGAUGCCCAGUUAGACGCCUACAAUGCCAGGAUGGACACCAGCUAAGAAACAAAGCUGUUCCUCCUGGUUGUUGUCCCUCCCUGUCUGCACAGAAGGGGUUGUUACAAAUGUGCAGAAUAUUUUACACUUGGUUGUCUUCUGAUGUGAUUGAAUUAUUGGUCCAACCUCUUCUUCUUUUAAAUGCUCUGAAGUGUUUUUUACCAGUGUUUUUUUUCCCCCCUUUUUUUCUGAUGAAAAUGGUUCAGACUGUAGGUUAUUAAGAACUGGGUAUUCCCCAGUUCAUUCCUCUACCUUGUAGUUAAUGGAACUUGUAAUAAAACCUGCAGUGUAUAUUAACCAAA